AUGCCGGAUCAAAGCGAACAGUCAGAGUCAGAGUCAGAGUCAGAAGAGGAGUUGUAUCAUGUCGAGGUCAUCACAAAGGCCAGAGUGAGCGAAGAUGGGGAUUGGUGGCACGAUCAGGAGUAUCAUGUCAAGUGGGCUGGGUAUGGCUCCGACGCGGACAGCUGGGAACCCGAGAGAAACGUUCAAGGUUGCGAGCGACUGCUCUCAAGCUUUUGGGACAACGUAGGUAUGGAUGACGGGGACUACGAUCCUGGUUAUGUGACGGAAGCGAAACCAGCUUGGAUAAGGAAGGAACGAGAGUUCUUUCACAAAAACUUCGGCAAAAACGAACAAGAGAGAAAGAGGCUAAAGGAACUUGAAAAGAAGAAGAAGAAGCAUAAAGGAUUCAGUGUAUCGGCAUCGAACUCAAAGCGUUCGACGGAAAAAGAGUCAGGUGCAGACAAGAUCAAGAAACUCGUUCGGAAAAUCAAUGGAAGCGAUGACGAUUCGGAUGACAGACCCCUAUCCGGAUCUAUCAAACCAGGGUCGGGUUUGAAACGCAACCAAGGCCGGGAUACAAUAUCUAUUUCGGACUCUGAGUCUGACGCACCCCUGUCUACACAACGAAAGGCGUCGAGCUCUGGCAUAGGAACGAAGCGAAAAGUGACGUCGACCUCACCUCUGCCCAAUUCGACGCGCAAGGUAUCACCGAGGGAGCGACCUCGAAAGCUGUUGAAAACGAACUCAAGUGCUCGUGAUAUCAGGCCACCUGAGACAUCGAGUCGAGGUGUGGACCGGGCAGUAACACCCUCCCACUCUGCGUCAUCUAGUCCACCCGGUUCACCUACAUCCCUUUUUUCCGCGAACAGCCCUUCUCAUCCGCAGUCACCGCUGCCGCCAGCUCCUUCAGCACAGAGGACAGCUAAACUUUCGACAACGUAUAAACCUCAUAUUACAGCCCGCAAGCCCAUCAGAGGUACCUAUAACGAUAAGCACAUCCCUGGUCGAAUUCAACGAUGGGAUAAUCCGCAGUUGGCCAGUGGAAGCACCCUUACGACAAAGCAGCGUGUCAUUUCAGAAGGCUCAAAAUCGUUCGGUAACGCUAUAACUCCUCGUGCAGGGCUUUUAAGUCAACUGUCAUUCAAGAAGAAACCUCCUAGGACGCAGGAGCUGAUAGCGCAACCUACUUCUCAACCUCGACCGCUCCCUGCUGGUCCGCCCUCAGUCGCUACUACUCAACCUGAAUCAUCGCGUGUAUACAAUGCAGCUGACCCCAUCCAGUCUCCAGUUCAUACGGAUGAUCAUCAAGAUUAUGGCGGGGGGAUGGGUAUGGAUAUACAUCUUACAGAGCCAAGGAAUACUCUCUUUACCUCUCGCCAAACUCUCAGGGAACCGAUGGCCACCGUACUGGAGUUUUUGGAUUCAGUGCCAAAGAAUCCCUUGUCGCGCCCUUCUGCUCCUGCUUUUAAGUCAAGCACGAGCAGCACAUAUAGAGUACCGCGGAAAUUCAAAUGGGUUGGCGAGAUUUUCAUCAAUACCGAGAGAGAUCGUGCCGAACGACUAUGUAAUGCGAUGUUAUCUAAUUUGACAGAGGGGAUACCGAACGGGUCACGAUUCAGUUAUCACUUCGAUGACGAGCGUCCGGUCGACUCCAUGAAGUUGGCGAAGCUGCUACAUAUCUCCGACUUUUGUUUACUUCAAUCAGCAUGCAUGCCCAUCGCGCAAAUGGCCAAGUUCGGACCUGUUGAUGACAAGGAUAUCGAAGCAUCCGAGGCAUUUCAAACACUUAACAAGUAUAUGUCGCAGGGGAGAUUGGUAACCUAUGUUAUCCUGCAUUCUCGUCAAACAGAUCUAUCGGCUCUCAUGCUUGUUAUACCCUCCACCUCCGCAGAAUUGUGCCAUGAGUUCAAAGUACCCAUGCGGCUUCAAAAUACUGGGGCCCUCAUUGCAGCACUAAUUCCAUGGGCAAUGUCUGAGAAGGAAGCCGUUGCUCUGCGAGUCUGGCGAACUCCUGAAGAGAAGAAAAUGUUCACCCAGCUGAUUCGCAAUCCAGAGCCAAUUUCAGAUCCUCCCCGCGUUCUUCGUGAUGAUCCUAUGUAUCAUCGCGCUCUACAUAUCCUCAAAUUUCCGAAAUGGCUUCAUGACCAUAUGUCACAGCCCGAUCGAAAGUAUUGCAUAUGGAACUUUCGUAGCGACCACUCGCAGGAGGAGUUCGAAACAAUAGCGUUGAGGUCAAUUUUGAAACGCUGCGGUGCACCGGACGUCGCCCUCAAUGCCCAUGCUCGCAUUGUUUUCGUGCACGUUGGCUCCUUGACUACUUUGUCCAAGUUACCAGCCCUUACCGAACGCCGCAAGAAAUUUGCACACACGCAGUUCUUCACAUAUGGAACACAUCAAACCGUAUCUUCUAAACGAUGGGGUGUACGCGAGAUUUAUCCACUAGGUGGCAUCGUCACGUUCACGCCAGCUGCUUUCCAAGACUACCCAUUUGCUGUGUACAGAUUGAUAUCUAUGAUAGAAGAGCAUCCUCUAUGGGACUGUUACAUCACUCCGUCGUUAUUAGCCAUGCUGGCUAGAGAUACCUGUGGUUCUGAACCCCUUAUCAAUUUUGAGCAAGGGUCCUUUGCAUAUGCUGACCUGUUAAACAUGAUCGAGACAGGAGCACUGUCACUUCUGUCAACACCGCCUAUCAGCCAAUCUAACAGCAGACAAGUAUCAACCUGGGUCUCCUGGCAAACAGAACUUCCUCUCCUGCAAGCUCGUGACAUCUUAGAGCGGUGUUUGCGAUCGUUCGUGGAACAACAUACAGAGUUGCCGGAGGAGCAAUGGUCUUCCUCUGUCGAAAGAGAGAUCCUAUCAUCUCUCGCUUCUAUCCAAUUGCAACCGGCCAUUAUGGAUAAAUAUCGACGGUUUGUCGUCUUAGAUGGCCAACAGGGCGAAGGUCACACUCCAGGAGGCGUUGAAUGGACUCCCAUUUCAGCGUCGGUGGCGACAGGGACGAGCCAAUCCAUUGAUAAUUACCGCAGCUGGUUCUCAAAGUAUUUUCUUGCCAGUUGA